CGAGCAUUCGGUGAAGUACAGUCAAACGCAAAGCACCUGACGCUGCAGCUGAGCUUCUCUGAAUGACCUAAGUUGUCUGGAAUUCUGCCAAAAGAGAACAAGUUAGUCGGCUUCCACGAUCUGCCUCGGGUCUCUUUUCAACCCUCGGCAGAAUAAUACAAAGAGUGUACAAAGAUGUUGCGACUUCUCAUUCUGUGUUUGAUUCUUAGCACAACAGUUACAUCACAAGAAACUGAAGCUUCUGGGGACUCGGACGACGAUGAUGAAACAGCUGGGGAACCAAUCGAGGAGCUCACAAUCGUGGCUAAUAAAGGAUCAAAGAGUAAUGCUGAACUAGGACCGUUCGAGGAUUUUGACAAGGCACCAUCAACGGGCGAAGAUGGAUUCGCCACCACAGCGAUCAUAGCAGCAGUGUGCGUGGUGGCCCUGGCUGCAGUUGCUAUCGUAGCCGUUGUCCUGGUCAGACGUCAUAUGCAAAAACGACAGCAAGGAGUCUACUCUGUCCCCGUUGAGCAGUCCGGGAAACCCACCAUCUAGGCCCCGCCAAAGCCUGGGCCUUCUGAGAUCCACAGGCCUCUGCCAAACUGCUGUCUUCUCCUGGGCACCUCUCUCUCUCCCUCUCUCUCUCUCUCUCUCUCUCUCUGGGACCUCUCCACUCUGCUGCUUCCUGGACCACCCUCUACUAAAGAAAGUCCGAAAGAGUCCAUGAGUUCUCAGAACUCGCACCCCUUUUUAGUCACACGCGCCCAUUUAAGUCACUGUCUUCUGUCAUUUUCUUCCAGCUCAGUGAGGACUGUCCGUGUAAGGGCAGGGUUACGUGGUUAGGUUUUCAGUCAGGGUCGCGGUUUCACACAGUGCCACACUCCGGCCAAACGAAGACACUCCGCAUAACCGCGAAGAUGAAAUCCAAUCAAAACCAAAGGAAAAAAGACCAAAAAAUCCUAUGACAUCCCAUUUUCUACACCCCACACCUCCCUAGUAACAAUAUUCAAUGUUCAGCCAUUUUUCAUUUCCUCAAUGUGGAGUGUUUGCUGGCUGUGCAACCAAAUCCUUCCGUAAUUUGGGUUUUUAAACAAGACAUAAUGUAACAGUAACAGUUAUUAUGGCCUUAAUUGAGAGACAUUAUAUCGUCAAAGCCAUUCCAACAUGCUCUCACACAGACCUUAUGGGAAAAUACCCACAAUCAUUUGUAAUAGCAGCUGCCUGCAUGGAGCUGUCGUUGUUAAGCGUAGCAGGGGAAUCGCUGCUGCACCUGAAUACGCACAGAGGUACCCGCGUCUCUCCCGACCGUCACGUAGAGUACCGUUCUUGUCCUAAUCUUUCACUACCAACAUCAUUCCCAGCAGUCAAAGAAUGAAAAAUGUUGUUACAGAGCCUUUCAACGGCUGAAAGCAAACGCAGGUGGAAAGGACGGGUGUGAACAGCCCCGCUUCUAAAGCAGUGCAUUAAUUAGCCUCCAUAAGUGCUCCUUUUGUACUAAUAUAAAGCAUUGCUUUCUCCUUCAUACCCAAUCAUUGAUUAUGAAGGGUCCUACAAAAGUCCAAUAUGCCUUUGUAAGCGCUGAAUAAACAAUUUGUACUACUGACAGACUGGCAUUGUGCUGUGUAACAGGAAAAAGUGACAUUUCCAUGGCAUUCAAAUUUAUUUUGUUGUUAUGCCAUGUGCGGUAUACACACAGUCACACAAUGACAGUCUGUGUCAGAUGGAAUAGAUGUUUAUGAGUAUUCAUGCAGUCCUUAUGGAAGGGCUAUGUAAUGCUUAGGAAGGCUCAUGUCAUUUUUAUGUAGGGUCCUUCACAGAAAGUGUUACCACUGUAAAUGGCUCUCUAAAAGCUAGUACUAUUAAUGUAUUAUAGUGUUUUGGAUUGGAGGGUGGGAGGAUGAAACCAUGCAUGGAGAAAUGAUUUGGACAGUGCCUAGGCCGUACACGUUUCAUUCAGACAGACUGCAUUUGGAGUGGAUAGCUUUCCCUCUUUCAUUUAAAUGGAAAUCAAUGUUGCCUCAGAACAAAAGCUUUAUGGUUAGGGCUGCCACUUUGCCAAGUUAUCUCCGUGUUCCCAAAAAGAAAGUAAUUUCAGUAGAGGUUCAUAGGUGAGGAGAUGAGGAGGGGGGGGGGGGGAUGCAAUAUUCGUUGGCAUGGGGGUGGUUUUGCUUCACCCCAAGAUCAUAAAGAUGAUUCGAUGGAGAUUGAAUUAGUCUCGAGCCGACAGAUUUGGCCCUUAUGCGAGAAAUCGAAUGUAAAAAUGAUCUUGUCGGGCGAAAACAGAACAGCGAGUGUCUGACUCCACUCAGCCCCACAGCUCUGAUGUCACAGGCGCAGGAUUAGCUUGGCGGUGUGCCAGCGUGUGGCGCCUACGGCAGGGUGCUGCACCUCCCUGAAAAUGAGACCUGAUGUGUUCACCAGUGUCUGGCGAAAACGCCACGCUGAAACCGUCUGCGGCUCACGGCGUGGACAGGGACAACAGCGGUUUAACCGAAAGGGAACAGUGUGCGUGUGCGUUUGCAUGUGUGUCUGCGCGGGUGCGUGUGUGUGUGUGUGUGCAUGCAUGUGCAUGAAGGUAUUGAAAUUCCUGGCAGCCUGUUCCUGCUCUGAAACCAUUUCGAUAGAAAGAUAAUAUUAAAGUAGCAAAUCAUUUCAGAAUUCUUUUUUUCCCCCAAAUUUUCGUUCUGUUUGAUAACCUGGUAGAAAGAAAGCCAGUUUGUUGUACUCACUCAAACAAAGGUAAACAAAGGUAUGUUAGUGACUUGAAGCGAGAGACGAUAUAAGAUUUGCGAAUGACGGCAUGGCCUCUACAGCCACGUGUGUUUUUACUGUACCAUCACAAGGCGCCUGUCACCUGUAAAAGGUGGGCCUGUAUGAGGGGAAGCCAAACGAUUUCAAAGCGAACAUCCUUGGCGUUCUUUCAGCAUUCUAUUGUUUCCCGCUUCUCUGCCAGCACAUGUUUCGUAAGGCUGCAGCAUGUCCACCUUGACCGUGAAUGGCACCGAUCGUUCUUCACUGGGUCCUGUACAUACGGCAAACACCUUUUUACAGCCUUUUUACACUGGGACCCACAGACCCCCAUUGCUGUCUGUAAGUGCUGCGCUGUGUGUUUGAAAAUAUAUAUAUUUUUAAAUCUUGAUCAGGUCCUCCAGAAACUUUGUCAUUUAUAGUACAAUUGCUCAAAGCCUUUUUCUUUCCCAACCGGUUUUAAGCAAUCAGCAUUUUAUUAAAUAAACACAGGACCAAUCGCCAAACCCACGGUGCACUUACGCAGUUGCUGGCCUGAGCGGAGGCUGUGUGAAACAGGGGGCCCUGAUGCAGAAGUUCAUCUGAAAAAGCUUUUAUUUCAAACAGCAGCAGAAUUACUGAAAGUGUCCAAGGGCUGCAUUUCCAUAUUUUGUGUGUAAAUGUAAUCUUAAAAUGCAUCAACCAAGUAGGCCUGGAUCUGUAAAGUGCUUUGGCAGUACUGCACUAAGAACCAGCAAUGUAUGUAAAAAUGAUUUGACUUGCUGGGUGGGUUUAUGCAAUAUAAAAAUAUAUUUUUGUACAUUGAAUGAUAUGCCAUUAUAAUCUCGUCAUUCCGACUAUUUAAUUCCUAGACCACUAGUCGCUCGAUCACUGAAAUUGUCACGUUAUAAUGAAUCAUCUCUGGAUAGGUUGAUUAUUUUAUGUAUUUGUUUUCUUUACAAAUGUUUUAUAUCUAAAGGGGAUGGGUUGUUUGUUUAUCCAUGUUUUUAUGGCAUCACAUUUAAACGUCAUUUUGUUUAAGUGUAGUGGUAGUGGUUUUAUUACAAUGUUGAUUGCAUUUCAUUUUGCUAGACUACUCCCUGGACCUAAAUUCAUGCACUGUAUGCAAGCCUUCAUUGAGUAAUGUACUGGGAGCUAUAGCAUAAAAAGCCUUAAGAAAAAAAACCUGUAUUAUAAUGGAGUGCUCCUUUUCUGGCCUGCAUGUACAUUUUGUUCAUGAAAGGCUGUUCUGUGAACCAAGAAGCUAAGCAUUUAAAGGGGUAUGUUUCUGUUGGUGACACCUGAUUAAACCACCAAUAAAUAACCUAUUAUCAGAUUUAACAUGUAGAUGUUACAUGGGCUUGGAUUUAAUCUAGGACUGUAUGUGUAUAUAAAUACAAAGACAAUUUCAUUAGCGUAGAAUUAGCGUGGUCUGCACACCAGGAAUGAAAAACUAGGUUUGGAUCACUGUAUAUUUUAAAACACUGUAUUUUCAGAUAAUGGUCAUCAGAUCUUUUUUUUUAUAUGAAAAUAAACGUACUCUACUGCACUUUCA